GAUUACAGCAGGACACGACACGCUGCCUGGGAAACGACUGCCAAGUCACUGUGCUGCUCUGCUGCUGAAAGUCAACCUGACAGGAAGCUGCAGGGAGCUGGACGCUCUCCGUCUCCGGGGAGGACAUCUGAUCUGCUGCUCCUGUGGGAUCAGAUGACAUGAUGCUGCUGCUGCGGGAAACAGGUAAAAACCUGCAGAUCUGAUUCUGUCUCCAGCUGUAAGGUGAACCGGGUCGGGCAGAACCUCGUCUGAAGCUCGGAUUCAGAGUCUGAGAGUGAGGAGAGGAGAUGCUGGGGCUCGUCAGCUGACGUGAUGGGACAUUUUCACACAUCUUUGCUAAUUUAGAGGACCAAGCAUUUGACUGUUAAACUCCUUUUGCCUCCUUUGGUGUGGAGAAACGCCCCCGUCGGUUUUGAAACUUCUGUGGUGGAACGUUGCUCUUUGUGUCAAAACCUUUUAUUUCACAGGAAGAAUGACCCAUGGCUUGUUCAGUCAGAAGGCAGCUUCAUGUUAAUGAGUCGGGUCUCUUUUUGACACUGAGAAGAACCGGGACGUGUGGACCAGAGGAUGACCAUGUCUUCUCCUGUGAGACCAGGGGCUUUCACUCUGGCUCAGCCCAUCCCUGUCCCAACACUGACCGUCCUGCCGCCGUCCUCAGAAACGGAGUCCUGGUCCCGCUCACCAAGUCCCAGACCAUUGCGCUCCGGGCGCCUCAACCGGUCCCACUGCAGCAGGACCCGGACCAAGAGACGCAAAGAAGGGGAUCGGGGCUACGUUUCUGACCCACAGGGGGGGAAAACUCCACAGAUUGUAGUGGAGGAGUCGGCUGAGGGAGGUCUGGUUCCACGAUGCAGCUCCUCGCCUUUCGGGGCGUCUCAAAAGGAGGGAGUACAGGGCGAGGACAGCCCGUCACAUGACCUCCUCCUGCCGCCGGUCCGCUCCUGGUCCCGUAGCCCCUCGCCCAGCCGGCGGUCUCGUUGGUCUCUCAAGAGUCUGCUGAACAAAGACUCAGACGGGGACAGCUGCAGCACAGCCAGCAACUCUCCACGCAGCACCCCGGGCAGCUCUCCCUCCCUGCGGCGCAGGGUCCUUGGGGGAGGCAAGGCCAGCGAGAGUGAGGGGGGAGGAGAGAAGAGCAGCGGAGGAGGAGGAGGAGGUUCUGACAGCCCACUGCCCUCCCUACCCUCAGCCUCCUCGCUGUCGUCCGCCUACCCGCUGGCUUCCCGCCACUUCAGUCGUAACGCCAAGAAAAUGCAGAGCUGGUACAACGUUCUCAGUCCUACGUACAAGCAACGAAACGAAGACUUUCGUAAGAUCUUUAAGAAACUCCCCGACACGGAGCGCCUCAUCGUAGAUUACUCCUGCGCUCUGCAGAAGGACAUCCUGCUUCAGGGUCGCCUUUAUCUGUCAGAGAACUGGCUGUGUUUCUACAGCAACAUCUUCCGCUGGGAGACCACUAUCACCAUCCUGCUGAAGGACGUCACGUCCAUGACCAAGGAGAAGACGGCCAAACUCAUCCCCAACGCCAUCCAGAUCAGCACCGACAACGACAAGCAUUUCUUCACGUCGUUCGGGGCGAGGGAUCGCAGCUUCAUGAUGAUUUUCCGACUGUGGCAGAACGCGCUGUUGGACAAGUCUCUGUCUCCCAAAGAGCUGUGGCACAUCGUGCACCAGUGUUACGGCACCGAACUGGGCCUGACGAGUGAAGAUGACGACUACGUCUCGCCCACGGGUGAACACAUGAACGGACUGCUACCGGGAGACGAGUCGGUGUCGGUCACAGACCUGCUGGACCUGAGCUCCGUGUCGGUUCCCUCCACCGGCAGUUCCCCGCCCCCCCUGGUUCCCUGCACUUUAGUUAGUCCUCCAUCGACCACCAGCCUCGGCGGGACCACCCCGCCCUCCUCGUCGUCAUCAUCCUCCUGUCAGCCCGCAGAGGUUCCCUCCUCAUCAGGAAGCAGGAUCAGCUCAGAACCUGUGGAGCCCAGUCCUCCCAGCUCGCAGGGCUCUCUGCCGCCCACAGCGCCCGCCAACGGCUCGGCCUCUGCAGCCGUUUCCUUCACUCUGGAGGAAGGAGGAGGAGGAGGAGGAGGGGACAGUCAGCCGGAGUCGACCAAUCAAAUGCUGCCCCCACCGACCUGCAGUCUGGGAAACCUCUCCUUGCUGGACAUCACAAACGACGAAGAGCUGCCCACCGACCCGAGCAACUCGUCCGACACGCAGGAAGAGACGUCGGGCGAGGUGGAGUCGUUCUGCGCCGACCUCAGCGGGCGCCUCAACAUCAACGCUGUGGUCCGGAUGAGCGUGGACAAACUGCACGACCUGCUGUUCUCUGCGGACACGCACUUCCUCCAACACCUGUUCUCCCAGAGACACUUCACUGACCUGUCGGUGGGUGAGUGGCAGCAGGACGGCAGCAGUGGGACCACCAGUCGUGUCCUGAGUUACACCAUCACCCUCAACAACCCGCUCAGUCCGAAGACGGCCCCCGUGGUCGAGACGCAGACGUUGCAUAAGAGUUGCUCCCGAGGCGAGUGCUACGUGGUGGACUGUGAGGUCAUCACCUCGGGCAUCCCGUACCAGGACUACUUCUACACGGUCCACAGAUACUGUCUGACCUCCGUCAACAAACACAAGAGCCGACUCAGAGUUUCCUCAGAGAUCUGCUACAGGAAGCAGCCGUGGAGUUUGGUCAAAGCGCUGAUCGAGAAGAACACCUGGAGCGGCAUCGAGGAGUACUACAGACACAUGGAGAACGAGGUAUGCAAGCUGGAGAUGCUGCUGCAGUCUGAGGUUACCGUGGUAACCGCAGGCGAAGCCAUGGGCGCUGCCGCCGCCAAGACUCCGCCUUCUCUGCGGCGCAGGAAACGCCACUGCUCCCGGAGGCAGAACGAGAAGGAGAGGGAGGGGGGCGGCGUGGACUCUGGGGGUCGAGGAGAUCGAGGAGUCGGGGAGGAGAGGGACCGCAGGGAAACCAGCACUCCAUUCAUGAAGCUGGGUGAGCGCGCACGUGUCGGAGGUCAGAGCAGCAUCUCCACCAUCCUCCUCAUCGUCAGCUUCAUGAUCUGUAUCAGUCUGGUGGUUCUGGUGGCGCUCAACAUGCUGCUGUUCUACAAGCUGUACGCUCUGGAGCGGGCCGCUCACACUCUGGAGAGAUGGCACUCCUACUCUAUAACUGACAGCCCGUUGCCUCAGACUUCAGGGGAGUGGGCUCAGGUUCUGCACCUGCAGAGACAGUUCCAUCAGGCCCAGCUCGGCAAGUGGCAGCAGGUUCUGCAGUCCUCCGUCACACUCCUGGACCAGAUGAAGCAGUCGUUGGAAAAACUCCACCGGAACAUCGUGGUCCCGGAGGUCCAGCAGAAUCCGUCAGAUGAUGCUCCGGCAGAGUCUCGGACUGAAACCUGAGGCGUCCAGAACCACCCUGAAACCGUCUGUUAGUACUGAUCAAAAACCCACUUGGGUUGGGACCUACAGGUGAACUACAUUACCCACAAUCCUCCACUCCUGACUGACUUGAAAUGGCUUCCGACGCCUUGGGCUUCUUCCGGACCGAAGCUUCCAGAACCACAGCAAUAAUCCUGCAUCCCAUCUGUAUAUAGUGCACGGAACCGGGCCACUGGUGGGCCCGUUCGUGCCGCCCGCCAAUCAUUUCAGUUUGCUGCAGACUCCGCCCCCUCCUCCAGCCCGGGACAGGACUAUGGACUCGGACUCGGACCACAGCAGUAUUUAUUGCCUCUGAAGUCUCAUCCUGCUCUGAAGAAGUCAUGUGACGGCUGUGCUGCGCUCCGAUUGGCUGCUGAGUUACGGACCAAUAGAUGAGGAACAAAAACCCGUUUCAGCAAUAAUGAGAAAAGUUCUGGUUCUGUUGGAAUGUUUCCAGAUAAAAAAGGGUUAAAUUAAA